CACCAGCACACAAGAGCCAGCACCCCAACUGCAGCCAUGACCACGCUUCGCGAGUUCACCUGUGAUGACCUGUGGAAGUUCAACAAAGUGAACUUGGAUCCACUCACAGAGACGUACAACAUGAGCUUCUACUUGCUGUACCUUGCUCAGUGGCCAGAGUACUUUACUGUUGCGGAAUCAAGCAGCGGAAACCUCAUGGGAUACAUCAUGGGCAAGGUGGAAGGAACGGGCGACGACUGGCACGGGCACGUGACAGCCCUUACAGUUGCUCCGGAGUACCGCCGGCUCGGCCUGGCGAACCAGCUCAUGGGCGAACUGGAGCACAUCUCCGACAAGCAGCACGAGGGCUACUUUGUGGACUUGUUUGUGCGCAAGUCAAACGACGUGGCCAUUGGCAUGUACAAGGGGCUUGGUUACGAUAUCUACAGGAAGGUCAUCGGCUAUUACUCGGGAGAGUAUCCCGAAGACGCAUACGAUAUGCGCAAGUCCCUCAGCCGCGACACGGGGAAGGUGAAGAUGAAACCGCUCGGAAGAGACAUAUAUCCACACGAGUUAGAGCGAUGGUAGCAGCGCGUGUGCCUCUGUUUGCGUGCGUUUGUGUCUCUGUGUUGUUGUUGUUGUUGUUGUUGUUGU